CUUUUGUCAUUUACUGACCGUCAUACUGACUUUCUUUCUUUAGUAUUGAGGUGAAAUGUUGUGUAUUUGUCUUUUAAAAGGCGAAUAUUAUUCGCAUCUUUUUAGAUUUUGCGACCGGUGGUCAAACAGACAAACAUCCUCAACGUUCCUCAAGUAAAAGUGCAGGUUUGUUUGGUCUGAAUUGUGUUGUGUUCUGGUGUGAAACAGGAAGAGGCCGGCGUCUGGUUUGUGCUGGGUAAGAGAUUAAAAAUGGAUGCUGGUACGAGACAAGUGCGAAACGAGUCGAGUUUGGGUGUUGCUGAACGGACAGUUUGUGUUUCCUGAUUAAUGAGAGUUGUGUCACUCCUUCCAGACAUCGCUCAUCUCUCUCCCUCUCUCUCUCUUUAAACACUUUGGACUUUUAAAGGAGAAAUGCACCUGCUGGGAAUGGGUUUGGUUCUUCUGUUGAAAACUGGAAGUGUUGCCGCACAACAGGACAGUGGAUUGUGUUAUAUUCUGGACGGGAUUCUGAUCCUCUAUGGCAUCGUGUUAACAGUUCUUUACUGCAGAUUAAGGAUGCGGCCGGCUAUAAAUCCAGAGAAGCAAGACGGAGGAAUCUAUGCGGGUUUGGGGCGUCAAGAUCCGGACCAUUAUGAAACUCUGCCUGGAAUGAAGAAAAAACCCAAUGCCUAACACAAACAACCAUCUGUCCUCUCAAACUCUUCUCUUAUUCUGAGAAUUACACUCACAUUCUGCUUUAAAUGAUUUGGAAUAUGUUUAUAUAAAGCAAACAAUAUGAGUAAUAGCCAAGUUUGUAGAGCUCUAACCGUCUGCUAGACAAAUAUCUCACACACUCUUAAAAUUAAACUUCUAAAGUGAGUUCUUCACAGUGAUGCCAUAGAAAAACCAUUAUAAAUAUUCUUUUAAAGAUUAUCUUACAUUUUUAUAGUCUGUAGAACCUUUUCAAUACAAAGAAGGCUUUGUGCAAUGGGCUAGUCUGCAGACUCAUUUCCGGUCGUGUAACAUAUUGAGUUGUUUUGGCCUAACGAAGAUCUGUCGUAUGGCUUAUAUAUUACUUUAUUCUUUUUUUUCUAAAAAAACACCCAUAUUUGCCAGCCAAAAAUCCUCCCUUUCACAUACACUGUCGCCAUCUUGUGGAACGACCGGAAAUGACUGCCGAUUCUGGCGUCCCAAAAGCUCACCGGCGCCAUCUUGUGCAACGAGCGAAUAGAGGGUAUGCAUUGACGUCACUUUCCCACGUGAACAUGCCGGGCCACGCCCUGGGACACGCUCCCCUGGGUGGCAAAACAGUCAGCAAAAUGGCUGAGGAGAACAGGAGAAACAAAGAAACCGGGACUAAAACACUCAAUUAUUUACUGAAAUUACAAUCAGCUGGACUCGACGGUGAUCCUUUCCACUUCCCUGACAAGGAAUCAGGUGUUCCUGGAUUUUGAAAUGUUGCGCGGAAUUGCGUUUCCGGAUAUUGUAAUAGUGUUUUGCCACCCACGGGGGCGCGCUCACGUGGUAAAGUGACGACACGUCCAUACCCUCUAUAGAAGAGUACUGGAUGUUAAAUGUUUCGUAUGGAGCCAUGCAGCCUGACAAAGAAUCUUUAUUUUUAAGAGUGUCCGUGUUUAAAUCUUUUUAUAGAGGAAUGUUUUGCUUGUGGUAAAAACUUUCAAUAAACUAAAGGAAAUAACUAAA